AUGUGUUUCGUAAUCGUCACCAGUUUCUUUGCGAUUCCUGAUCUGAACGCCACUCUCGCCUUAAUCUGCCACCAACAGUUUCCGGCCAGCCUAGCUCAUUCAAACAGAGGCUCCUCUCCACCGGACCUUCUGGACGAGCUCUCACAAUGCCUGGGCAACGAACAUGCCCAAUCUGCUUUAGCAAGGUUCCUGAUAUAUGGCCAAGUCAUCGCAGGCUUUCUAAGUGCCAUCUCAUGUCCAAUUCUGGGCUCUUUAUCUGAUUCGCUUGGACGCAAGCCCAUCCUUGCUUGUAGCGCCUUCGGCCUCGCCCUCUAUGACAGUGUUAUACUUCUGGUGCUGCGGCAUCCAGAUUCGAUAGAUUACCACUGGCUCUUAGUUGGUAGUGCCAUUGAGGGCCUCACUGGCUCAAUCAUCAUUGCUCUGCCCACUUCCCAGGCAUACAUCGUGGAUCUCACCAACUCGCAAGACCGAGCGUCACCAUUUAGCUACCUCCAAGCCGCACUUGCCGUCUCUCAUGCUGUAGGACCAAUCAUUUCUGCGAUUCUAAUCAAGGCAUUCAAGUCUCUCGUGGCUGUUUACGCUAUCGGAUUAUAUGCCCACUUAUCGCUCGGCAUGGUCUUCCUCUGUGUCUUGCCAGAAUCCCGCUCUCGACCCUCAGGCACGCAUAAAGACGAUGAUUUUAAUGGUGAGCAAUUGACACGCGAGCCAGAGUCGCUUAAAAGCUCAGCUUAUGCGGCCCUCCCAUCUUUCAAAUCCCUUUGGGAAACGAGUGCACCUCAGCGCCGCAACAUAAUAAUUUUGGCUGUUCUGGAGGUCACCGUGUUUAGCAUCGGGCUGGGAACAUAUCAACUACAGUUGGCAUACCCGGCUUAUCUAUUCCACUGGCAGCCUGAAGGCCAGAGCUUGUUUAUGGCCUUGAUAAACUCGUGGAGCAUCCUUGUCCUAGUUCUUAUAUUCCCACUCGCGAUGACCAUGGUUCGGAACAGGGCGAGCUGCCUACCCGGUCCCAAAUCGCCGAGCGUCUUUAAUGUGGGCGAAAUAAGUGCUAUUCAACUGCUUUUACUUUUGCAAGGAGUUGGGUAUCUUGCGAUUGUGCUUUCUCAGCAUCAAGUAUUAUUCAUUUCCUCGUCAUUGAUUGUUGCAUCGGCUGCCCCUGCUCUUCCUCUUCUAACAUCUUGUUUAACGGCGCACGUACCAAGUGACCACACUGGUCAACUGCUCGGAGCUUUGAGCUUUUUACAUGCUAUUGCGCGUAUUAUUAUCCCGGCUUCUUUGAAUGCUUUAUAUAGCUCAACAAUCGGCUGGUUUCCGCAGGCGUUAUUCGUGGUGCUGGCAACUGUUUUCGGGGGUUUAUUCCUUGCCAGCAUCUGCAUUCAGAGAAACAGAGGCAUUUGA